AUGAAGUUCCAUAUCGACGACUUGCCGAUCAUCUUCCCUUAUGACAGGAUAUAUCCAGAACAAUACGCGUACAUGUGUGACUUGAAGCGUACUCUGGAUGCGCAAGGUCAUUGCGUGCUUGAGAUGCCUUCCGGAACUGGGAAGACCGUAUCAUUGCUUUCCCUCAUUGUGUCCUACCAACAGUUCUAUCCCGCGAAGCGGAAGCUCAUCUAUUGCUCUCGGACGGUGCCGGAAAUUGAGAAGGCACUGGAAGAGCUUAAACGACUGAUGGCAUACCGUCUCUCAUGCGCUGAGACUGAGGACGAGAAAGAGAAGGAGCGCAGCUUCUACGGCAUUGGCCUUACUAGCCGGAAGAAUCUCUGCAUUCACCCAGAGGUAUCAAAGGAGAAGAAGGGCAGGGUGGUCGAUGCUCGCUGUCGGGAUCUUACGAAUUCGGCGGUUUGCGAGAAGGGCCGUCAGAACCCCGGUUCUGUCGAGCUAUGUGACUGGCAUGAGAACUUAGGCAAGCUCGAGCCAGGGAACUUGAUUCCCCCAGGAAUUUGGACCCUUGCCGAUGUACUCCAAUACGGCCGUGAUAACACCGUGUGCCCAUACUUCUUGGUCCGACGGAUGAUGCCUUUUGUGGAUGUCGUCAUCUAUUCCUUCCACUACCUGCUUGAUCCGAAGGUCGCAGAACAAGUCUCGAGAGAGAUGUCAAAAGAUGCCAUAGUUGUCUUCGACGAGGCACAUAACAUAGAUAACGUUUGCAUUGAAUCGCUCAGCAUUGACUUGACAAGGCCGAUGCUAGAUUCUGCGGCCCGAAGUGUCGGCAAAUUGGGUGAGAAAAUUGAAGAGAUCAAAAAGACCGAUGCGUCCAAGCUUCAGGACGAAUAUGCCAAACUUGUGGAAGGAUUGCAGGAGGCCGCCAAUGAUCAAGACGCAUUCAUGUCAAACCCAGUGCUUCCGGAGGAUCUGCUGAAAGAGGCCGUGCCCGGUAACAUACGCAAAGCGGAACAUUUUGUGGCAUUCCUGAAACGCUUUGUCGAGUAUCUGAAGACUCGGAUGCGCGUCUUGCAUGUUGUUGCGGAGACGCCGUUGUCGUUCUUACAGCAUCUCAAAGACAUCACAUACAUCGAACGCAGGCCGUUGCGCUUCUGUGCCGAACGUCUACAGUCUCUCGUCCGGACGCUGGAAUUGAAUCGGCAAGAUGAAUAUUCGUCUUUGCAGAAGGUGGCUUCGUUCGCUACUCUGGUGGCGACUUACGAGAAAGGCUUCCUUCUGAUUCUUGAGCCGUUCGAGACGGAUAAUGCCACCGUGCCCAACCCUAUUUUUCACUUGACGUGUCUAGACCCCGCCAUAGCGAUCAAACCGGUCUUUGAGCGGUUCAGCUCUGUCGUCAUUACGUCCGGAACAAUCUCGCCCCUGGACAUGUACCCAAAGAUGCUGCAGUUCACCCCUGUCGUCCAAGAGACAUACCCGAUGACCCUCACACGCAAUGCGUUCUUACCUUUGGUCAUCACUCGUGGAAGCGACCAAGUAGCGAUCAGCUCCCGGUUCGAAGUGCGAAACGACCCCGCGGUCGUGCGCAACUUUGGAAGUAUCCUCGUGGAGUACAGCAAGAUCGUUCCCGACGGCAUUGUGGCAUUCUUUCCGAGCUACCUUUACAUGGAGUCCAUUGUCGCGGCCUGGAAUGAUAUGGGAAUUCUGAAUGAAGUUUGGAAGAACAAGUUGAUUUUCGUAGAGACUCCUGAUGCGAAUGAGACGAGUAUCGCACUCGAAAAUUACCGCAGGGCAUGUGAUAACGGUCGCGGCGCAGUCCUGCUUUCUGUCGCUCGAGGUAAGGUCUCGGAAGGCAUCGACUUUGAUCACAACUACGGUCGCGCUGUGAUCAUGUUUGGCGUUCCAUAUCAAUAUACGGAAAGCCGGAUAUUGAAGGCGCGCCUUGAGUACCUGCGGGACGCCUACAGAAUCCGAGAGUCCGAGUUCCUUGGCUUCGACGCAAUGCGCAACGCGGCACAGUGUGUCGGGCGUGUACUUCGAGGAAAGACGGAUUGGGGCCUGAUGGUUUUCGCGGACAAGCGAUUUGCACGUGCAGACAAGCGUGCAAAGCUGCCUCGAUGGAUCAACCAAUAUAUUACCGAGACCGCCUCGAAUCUUUCCACAGAUAUGGCUCUGACUCUAUCAAAGUUGUUCAUGCGCACGAUCUCACAAAACCCCAACGAAAACCAGACAGGGGUAUCACUGUGGACUCUGGAAGAUGUCGAGAAGGCCCAAGCCAAGCAAAAGGAAAUGGCUUUGGAAGCUGAGCAGCAGCAGGAUCAGCCUAUGGACGAAGAUGACGACUACUACGGGGACGGCGGAUUGGACGACCAGAUUCUGGGCGAGAUCGACCUCGACGUGUAG